GUUACAAUGAGGAACCAUGCCAAAGCAACGGUGGCAGAUGUUGGAACGACAAUCAAUGUUUAAACGAUGACUACAAGAGUGGAGAGUGUCCCACCCAGUCUGGAUCUAUUAAGUGUUGUUACAGUGGACCAAGUGAUGGUUGUGCUACUAGUUGUGGAACCAAAGCAAAAGAACUUGCCUGUGAUAUCCAAGCACAUAGCUCCAUCUAUUUGUUGACAGUUAAUCCAUCAGGUGUUGAUGACGGUGCCGAUGCUGCAUCAAAUAUCAGGGAUACAUGUAACGGUUGCAUGGCCAAACGAUCAAGCUACUCUUGCUCGUCUGGAACUGCACCUGGAGGAUAUGUUUGUUUGUCUGAGAGCGUGUUGGGAUACAUAUUAGAUGUGGGAAACAAUGCUGCAAGUCCGAGCAAUACAGUGCAAGUGAACUCAAUUGCUGGUGCCUGCCAUUCAACUACAUCAUACCAUUAUAGGGGGACAGCAGUCGACUUUCAAGUCAAAGCCAGUAGCCCAUGGGAAACAUAUAUGAAUUUGUGCGCGGCAAACGGAGCUGUGGAAAAUUUGGGUCCCGGUGACCCUGGACACAGCAGUCAUACUCACUGUGCAUUCUCAUCCUAAGAUGAAUCCAUACAACAUCACUUACUUUAUUCAUGGUGAUAAUUCAUGAUAACUAUUCGAUGCAACUUUAUUUCUGUCAUCUAAUUUGCAAUAAACUUGAUGAAGC